AUGCUUCUACGUGCAAGACUACAUUAUGAGACAACAAAUUUUGCACAUGGUAUGCAAUCUUUGCAACGUUUAUGGGAAUGCUCUUCAAAUGAAAGUUGCACUGUGCAACUGGAUGCCAAAGAUGAACUAUCUGAGAUGAACAAAUUGAGGAGAAGGAUUGCUGAAGUGGAGUUUCUGCUGUCACAGGAGCAGUAUAAGGUGGCAAAGAGUGAGAAAGAAGUCCAUGAUGCAAGGAAGGCAAUACGCAGGUACAUGAUGAUAGUUGCCAUGUUGUUUGCUUUCUUGGCCCUAUGUGUUUUGAAGUUAGGGGGGUCAAUGUAG